AUGGACCACAGAACGGAGGGGCACCCAGAGCAAGGCACCCAGUCCUGUGUCCACGCAGAUUCUGGACAUCUCCUAGGAGACCCUGUAAGUUCUCUGAGCAGCUGCCGUCAGCGCUCUGUCGCCCACACAGCACAGUGUUCAGUUUGUGCUCAUUCCCUCUUGUCCUGGCUCUGGGCACCACUGACAGUGUCCUCUCUGCACCCACCUGUCAGUGAGGAGCUACGGAAAGAAGCACGACAGCUGAAACGUGAACUGUUGGAAGCAAAGCAGAAAAAAGAAGAGCAAACUAUAAAACCCAAAGAAAAGGAAGAAGAGGAACCUGCACCAAAUAGUGUUGUUGAAGAAUACCUUCAGGAGAAGAGAAAAUACGAAGACAAACGGAAGCAGCAGCCAAAGAAAGGAGCUUCCCGUGAAGAUCAGACGCUGGCACUGCUGGACCGAUUUAAAUCAAAGUUAACCCAAGCAAUUGAAGAAACUCCUGAAAAUGAGGUUUCUGAAUCUGAAGCAGACACUGAUGAAGGGUGGAUGUCACAUGUACUUCAGUUCGAAGAUAGGAGCAGAAAGGUGAAAGAUGCAAGCAUGCAGGAUGAAGACACUUUUGAGAUCUAUGAUCCACGGAAUCCUGUAAAUAAGAGGCGAAGAGAAGAAAGCAAGAAGAUAAUGAGAGAAAAAAAGGAAAGGAGAUAAAAUGAAUGUAAUGCUAGCCAGAGCUGCCUCGAAAAGUGACUGCAGUAAAGCAUUGGUCUUUUGUAAGCUGAAGAUCCUAAAAUAUCACUGGACAAGUGUGAAAAGGAAUCUCUCAGGACCCUUAUUAUAUGGUUUUGAAUCUGGACUACCAUUUGUUUCUUAAGUUGUACAUUGAACUGCUCUCAGUGCAUUCAUUAUCCAAGUUCUGUAAAGCUUUGUGUGUAUUUAAUAAAACAACUGACUUUACUUUGGUUGGUACUUUAA